GUUCAUUUGUUUUUACUAGCCUUUGUCAACUACUUCCACCUGAACAAAUGCAAGGUACUCUUGGAGAAUUUAUGCUGUACAAACGUUAUGUAGAUGAUACUCUUAUUAUUAGUAAUAAUAGCAAAUCUAUUGAAAACUUUAUCACCCUAUUUAAUCAUAUCCAUCCAAAUAUUCGAGUGACCUCCGAACUAGAAUCCAAUAACAAACUCGGUUUCCUGGAUAUUACUAUGACUAGGAGAAAUGAUGGAACGAUUCAGCGCUCUAUUUUUCGUAAACAGACGUGGAGUGGACAAUAUCUUCAUUUUACCAGUUUUGUUCCUAUCCAGUAUAAACGUUCCCUGGUGAAAUGUUUGUUCUCGAGGGCUCGAAAAAUAUGUACGAUUGACACAUUGAUGGAUGAGCUUCGACAUAUACAUUCAGUUUUACUAGCCAAUGGUUAUCCAGAAAACUUCAUCAAUUGUCACGGUAAGGAUAGACCGCAUCUUGAAAAGAAAGCUUCUGUACCAAAGAAAGCUAUCUUUAUUAAUCUACCAUUCAAGGGCGACCAGAUUAUGCAGUUGACAGCUCAAAGACUUCGGUCAGCCAUCAAACGCACAUUCUACGCCACCGCAUCUCUUUUUCUCACUUGCUGAACAUUUUCGAUCCCUCUACCUACGAUUAAAGGACGAAAUUCUGUGGACUCUACUUCAAACUGUAUCUACAAGUUCACCUGCAACUGUGGUGACACCUAUAUAGGUAGAACUAACAGAAUGUUCCAAUGUCGUCGAAAAGAACAUGUUCCAAAAUGGCUAGUAAAUCAUAUCGAAAAUCCUAACGCGAUUAAUCUUAGUAGAAAUCCAGCAUCAUCCAUUGCAAAACACUUAUGCAUGUCUGGUCACAAAAUAAAUAUUAAUGACUGUUUCACAAUUAUUUCACAUAACUCUAAUUCAAGGUUAUUGAAGGUGAUGGAAGCAUUUUGGGGAUUAAUCACAUACAGCCUAAACUGUGUGUACAGAGAACAACAGACUUCAAUCUUCGCCUACCCUGGACUGCGUGACCUAUCUUAAUAUGAUUGGUCAUUAGUAUGUACUUUUGUUUUGAUUUAACUGAGUAAUUUUCAUGAACUUUAUUUUAUCAUUGUUAACCAUGUUAGUUGUAAAGCGGUUGUAAAGAAACUACGAAAUGAUAUCAUCUCGCGAAAUUUGUCUUCUUAAUGCCUUAUUCAAAUUUGUUUGUUUGUUUAAUCAUGCUGUUUUUUCACUAUUCGUGUUAUCACAAAUUACCUCACUUUUUUCAUCGUUAUUAUUUAUAAGAG